AUGAAUCUCGAUCCAACUUUCCAAGGCAGCCAGCUCAAGCCCGGCACCGCAGCCUAUGACCAGGCAAACGACAUCUACGCCACGUCCACGUAUGGCAAAGAGCGUAACAUGAACCCUGGAGAGAUCCUACAGCCCACAAGCAUAGAGGACAUCCAGGGUGUUGUUAGAUACGCCAACAAAUUUGGCAAGCCGAUUGCCAUCCGGACUGGCGGCCAUCAAUACAGCGGUGCUUCCUCGACUGGCCCCAAUGGCAUUCAGCUGGACUUGGAACUUACGUUCCGAGACAAGAACAAAGAUCUUGUACUAAUCCGUGAUACCGCCAAUGACAAGGUCUAUAUCAAAGCAAGUGUUAGCUGGUCCUUGUCUGAAGUCUACGAUUUCCUCCUGGCCAACCACGUCUUCAUGCCCACGGGCCAAUGCGCCACGGUUCAUCUUGGUGGCCAUGUCCAGACAGGCGGUUUUGGGAUGUUGGCUCGAUCAUUUGGGCUUCUCGGAGACUAUAUCCGUGAGCUCCAUAUUGUGGAUCACGCUGGCGAGCUGGUCACCGUCACCAAAGAGACGCAUCCCGAUCUGUUCUUUGGCCUUCUCGGCGGCAGCCCCGGCAACAUAGGGGUCUUGACUCACUUCACCGUGGAAGUUCAAGAUGACAACAAGUACAAGGGUUCUAAAGGCCUUUGGAUGGCGUUCCACUACCAUCAAGAUACUUUGAAGGAGCUUCUUGACAUAUUGGUGGAGAAAGGAGAAGACCCAAAUUUCCCACGCAGCUACGACUUCACUGUCAAUGUCGUUAGCAGAGAGACAAACCUUCUAGACCUUUUUCCAGGCACGGAAGAGGAUCUUAAAGAGGCAUUGCCAGACAACAUUCACGACGGCAAGACAAAUUUUGCAAACGUGUUCAAAUUCAAGUACGCAGUCAUUGUUGUGUACGCCCAAUGGGUCAAUCUGGGAAUCGACAAAUUCUCGCCAGAUCUUUUCAACCGCAUCAAGGGUGUCAAACACGAUCUUUUCAAGUUUGCAAAAGAGACUGACGAGAAUGCUUCGAUGUCCUACAUCACGUCCAUGUGGCUCUUCAGAAGCCGACGCGAGUUUCCCUACCCUUACAUCAAGCGCACCAAUACGACCAACUCCACCACGCUCUCCAAGACUGGAUGGUCCAAAUGGUUCUCUGGCCGUAUCGAAGAGAUUAUUUCCAACAAACACAACGGCCUAUGGGUUUCAUCCCAGUUGCAGGUCUACGGUGGCAAAGCUUCCAUGUUCGCCAACAACGCAAACAAUGGCACCGCCUAUAGCUGGAGAGAUGCUACUAUUAGCGGCACCUGGGAUCUUUUUCACCAAAACAACUAUGAGGGAGCCAAAAAGUGGCAGGAUGAGAACGAUGCUGGAGCGGCUACUUACUUUAGCAAGGACGAUCGCCGUGUUCUCUGGGGCUCGUAUGGUGACUGGGAUAUGAAGAAGGUUUGGCCGCACUAUUAUGACACUCAAACAUACGAGAAACUGCGACAGGUCAGGAAGAAGGCUGAUCCAAAUGGUGUCUUUACUGCCAAUCCAUUCUGUGUGGAGGCAGCGGAAAAGAGUGUGUGCUCGACUUUGUAA